AUGUUCCAACCUCCUAGACUAAACUCAGAAACUUUGCAGCAGCUGACUGUAGUUGUGUAUGAAGCUCAGGACAAGGAGUUGACUCAGUGGUUCCUAGAGAAGGUUGGUGGAGACCUGACCUCCUGCAGGAUGGACUGGGAAGUGCUUCUCUCUCUGCUGCAGCAUUCAACCCACAACAUCACUGUGGACCUCAGGAAGAACAGGCUUCUAGAGAAGAACAUCUCAGAUCUUCUCCCCUUUCUGGGAAGGGUUACUCUCAAGAGGUCCAGUUCCAGCUUUGUAAAGUCCACCAUCAGACAGAUCUAUGACAGAGCCAGUGAAUGUGUGUCCAGUUUGUUGAGUUCUUCAGACCAUUGGAUCAACCUGAACAGCAGAGAGCUGGACAGAGUGGACUGUACCGCUCUGUGUUUUACCCUGCAGCACAGCCACCAAGUCAAAGUCAACCUGCUGUGGACCUCCAUACCACCGGGGGAGAUAGAGAGCAUCCUGCCUCUUCUGGACAGAGUCUCUCAACUCAGUGUUGACAGGAGGUUACUGCUGAGUUUCCUCCAGUGCUGUGCUGCCUCUCAGUUCCAGCAGGGGGGACCAUCAUCACUACCAACAGCAGUAUGGCUGCUCAGGUCUCUGCACUUCAGGCUGGACUUCUCCUGCUCCUCCUCUGUGGACCUGUCAGUUCAGGACCAGGAGAAGGCUCUGUGUCUGACCACUGACCACUGCAGGGCCAUCCACUCUGUUCUGAAGCAUAACCAACACGGCACCCAGCUGGUUCAGAACCAGGUCCAGCUCAUCCUAAGAGACUGUGAGGUGGAGGACAGAGCACUGAGGGAGCUGCUUCCCAUCCUGCAUAUUGUCAAGCUGAGUCCCAGCAAAGCUCUGCUACUUCAGCUGCUGGACCUUGUGUGUGAGGGGAUUGAAGAGGGGCUGCUGAGGCACGCAGAGUCCCUAUGCAGAGCCCUGGAUGGGGAGCUGGACCUCAGUGAGACCAGGCUGGACCUGAAGGCCUGUGGAUCUCUGGCCCUGGUUCUGGAACACUCAGAGGGUCUGUCAAAACUGGACCUCAGCCACUGUCAACUCACAGACCACCAGCUACAGCCCCUGAUCACACACCUGCAUAAAGUACAAGUCCUCGACCUGAGCCACAAUGACAUCACUGAUGCUCUGACUGACAGAAUACUCCAACUGGUCUCUACCAACACUUCAAUACACACCAUACGACUCUUCAACAACAGAAUCAGGAACAGAACCGCUUUCCUGACAGACGAGAGGUUUGAGAUCUGAUUAAACAUCAGGUCUUCGUACAGGAAGAGGAAGAGGAAGAUAUGGAUGUUAGGUCUUAGUCCAGGAAGAGGAAGAGAUGGCUGUUAGGUCUUAGUCCAAAUCAAAAUAAAAUGUUAUUGGUCACAUACACAUGGUUACCAGAUGUUAUUGGUCACAUACACAUGGUUAGCAGAUGUUAUUGGUUACAUACACAUGGUUAGCAGAUGUUAUUGGU